AUGAAUAAAGUCGCCUCUGCAUUUCAGGAACCGACUUCUGAGGAAUCCAACGACUCAAGCCUUCUUACGGAACACCACAAGCUUCUUGAGCUGACGAAGUUUGACGCCAAGCUUACAUUCUCGGAAAUGGACCGCGACGAGGCUUUCAAAUACCCCUGGAUGACAACCAGCAACUGCGAGGAGCGCUUCAAGACGCUGGAACUCUCUAUUCAGUAUUUCGCUGACCACGUCAUUGAUGCUGGACCUAGCAUGCGCGCCUGCAUCGCACCGUUCACAAAGCUUGUUGUGAUGUUCAAGGGCAUUGUGAUGGAAUACCUCAAGCUUCGACACCGUCGUAUUGUCAUGCAACUUGAUCCGGCUGUCAAACUCAAGGCAGAUGAUCCAGAUACGCAGCACUUGGACAAGGAAGAGGUGCUGAGCUAUGUAUGCCGUCCGUUCUCGAUGCAGUUCAUUGCCGAUUGUCUUUACCGAUACUACCAAAAGACCCUCCAGCGCGAAGCUGUUUCCAUCAAGCUCUCUUGGGACGGUAACAAAGGGGAUUGGGCCGCAAAGCGAGAGCAAUGGUCUCACGCGUUGGUGCCGGAAUGGGAGAGUGGUGCUAUUCAGAUCAUCAUGAUUGAACCCAAGAACCUGAUCAACUCCCAUUUGAAUGUGAACCAGCUGUACGACGAGGAGCGUGACCUUCCUGCUCAUCCUCUUCUCCAGUGGUGUAAGCUUGAUUUAAUCGAUCGUGAAGAGGGUGUUUUGCACUGGAGUCUUGGAGGUGUUGUUGCUUGGAGAUUCUAUGGGGAGGAUGAAUGGAUGGAUCGCUUUGGUCAUAUCAUUGAUGAAUGUGAGUACCGAUGA